AUGGCAGAAGUCAGUUUUUCAGUAGAUCAGGACCAGUUCAUCUGUCCAGUGUGUCUGGACGAUCUGAAGGAUCCAGUGGUUGUUCCCUGUGGACACUGUUUCUGUAAGUUGUGUAUUAAUGACUGCUGGGAUCAAGACGAUCAGAAGGGCAUUUAUAGGUGUCAUUGGUGCAGAGACACUUUCACUCCGCGGCCAGCUCUACGCAAAAUCAGCACACUGGCUAAAAAAGAGAAAAAACUGAAAGGGACUGAAGUCCAAGCUGCUUCUCCUGCUCACUGUUACGCUGGACCUGGAGAUGUGGAAUGUGAUUUCUGCACUGGGAGAAAACACAAAGCCGUCAAGUCCUGUCUGGUGUGUCUGUCCUCCUUUUGUGAAACUCAUAUGAAACCUCAUUAUGAAGAUCCUGCAUUGAAAAAGCACAAGUUAAUUGGAGCUUCUGGAAAUCUAGAAGAGAAGAUCUGCUCUGAGCAUUAUGAAGUGCUGGAGAUCUACUGUCGUACUGAUCAACGCUUCAUCUGUUAUCUGUGUCUGACGGAUGAACACAAAGGUCAUGAGACAGUCACUAUUGCAUCAGCAAGAGCAGAUAAACAGAGUGAGUUAAAGGAGGAGCAGAUGAAAUCCCAGCAGAGAAUCCAGGAGAAGCAGAAGAAGGUGCAGGAGCUGAAACAGGCUGUGAACACUAUAAAGGUGAGCAGUGAGCAGAGACAGAGCUGCUCCUAGAAACACACACAACAUGGACAACAUGGAGUCAUUUAGA